UAUAUAAAGACUGCCUGGCCGAUUUUGUCGUCGUCAUUUAGUACUGGAUACUCGUGGUACGUUCAACAUCGGCAGAAUGUCAAGGUUCGCGAUUCUUUUGCUCGUUGCGCUGCUCGCCGCAGUUGCAGUCGCAUUUCCGUCAGCCGCUCCGCAAUCUCAAGAAUGUAUACCAAUUUUGCCAUAUUCUGCCUGCUAUAUAUCCAUACGGUGGCGGACGGCGGUUUCGGGCGGUGGAUUCGGUGGCGGAUAUGGUGGCGGAUAUGGUGGUUAUGGACAUCGAGGUGGUUAUGGACAUCGUGGAGGUUACAGAGGAUGUGGAGGAGGGUGUGGUGGUGGCAGACGUCCCUUCGGUGGUGGCUCAUUUGCUAAUAGUGGAGCUCAUGCCGGUUCAAUAAGCACACCAUUUGGCAGUGGUUCCUUCGCAAACUCGUUCGCUAAUGCUGGCUCCCGUGGAUACGGACGAUGAGAUUAAAUUUUACGAAAUUACUGCUAUUAUUAAAAAUGGAUUCUUGCGACUACAAAUCAAUUGUUUUGUGCGCUUAUUGAGCGUUUAUUUUUAUAUAAUAAAUUUGUUUAAAAAUAAAAUUUCUUUGCUUCAUUUA